AUGGACCGCCCGGAACGGACGCGGGGGGCGCUGCGUGUGCUGCUCGCGACGCCGCACGACGCGGCGACGACCGCUGCGGCGUUCCGCACGCUGAGCGGGAUGUACGACGACGCGCCGCGCGAGCUCAAGGGCGUCCGCGCGCACGUCCGGCGCGAUAUCCAGGCGGAGGCGAACCGGUCGACGCACGCGUUUUGCGCCGCGCUCGCCGGCGUCGACGCGGCGCUCGCGCAGGUGUGCGCAGAGACGCACCACGCCGCCGAGCGGUGCGAUGCGGUGCUCGCGACCAUGGACCGCGCACAGAGCUCGUCCGCGGCGGUGCUCGAGCACGCCGCGGCGCUCGACAAGCAAAUCACCACUGCGCGGCUGCACGAGGACCUCGCCGCGCGCCUCGUCGCGCGCCUCGUACUCACCCCAGACGAAGAGACGACGCUCGACGGCGACGUGUCGCUCGCGUACUUUGCGGCGAUGGACCGCCUCCAAAAUAUCCUCGACGAGUCGCUCCUCCUGAUCGAUAGCACCAGCGACGCGGCGCCGGGGGCGAUCCCCGACGAGGCGCGGGCGACACACGACGUGCGCGCACGCGCAUCCGCGCGCCUCGACGCGGCCUACCGCCGCGUCGCGCACUUUGCGUCGGCGGCGAUGCGGCGCCUGCCGCUCGAAGGCGCCGAGUCGAGCGCGCUGCUGCGCGAAGCGCUUGCGCGCCUCGCGCACCGCGAGGACCUCUUUCGCGGCGCACUCGCCGCGUUUGCCGAGACGCGCGCGGCGUCGCUUCCCGACGCGUUUGUGCGCGCGCUCACCGUCGGCGGCGGGCCGCCGUCCUACCUGCCGCGCCCGAUCGAGAUGCACGCCCACGACGCGGCGCGGUACGUCGCAGAUAUCCUUGCGUGGGUACACCAGCUGCUGGCGAACGAGCGCGAGCUGGUCGCGACGCUCCUGUUGCGUCUCGCGCCGCCGUCGAGCGCGCCGGGCACGCCGCGCCUCGGGCACCGCCGGCGCAUCGGCGAGCGGCACGGCGGCCUCGACUUUAGCGUGGACCUCGGCGGGGCCGGGCCGCUGCUGCGCCCGGGGCAGGCGACGCUCGACGGGCCGGUCCUCGACGCGCUCGUGCGCAGCGUGCUAGACCGCAACGUGGCGGGUUGCUGCCGCCCAAUGAAGACGCGCAUCCUGCAGACGCUCAAAGCGCAGACGGACGCGGUGGUCGUGCUGCGCCUCUACUUUUUGCUGCGUUUCUAUGCCUCGACGAUGCAGCAGACGAUCGGGGCGCGCGCGGCGCUCAGCAAGACGCUCGCCGAGCUGAUGCAGGUCGGCGAGGACGCGUUCCUCCAUGCACUCCAGCAGCUCUACGACGAGCACCUCGGCACGUUGCAUGGGCCCGGCCGCGAGGCCCUCGCCGCGGUGCACGCUGCGGCGCGGCUCGUGCACAGUGUGCUGGCCGAGUGUGCGCAGGCGCGCGAGGCGGAUGUCGGUACAGGCGACGUCCGUGCGCUCGAGCAGCACGUCCUCGCGCACUUUGUCGACCCGGUCGUUGCGCGCGUCAUGGCGCUCGGCGCACAGCCGCCCGAGGCGCCGGCGCAGGACGGGUGGGGGCGCUACCUGCGCUGGGGCGCCGCGCCGAACGCGCCGCAGCACGUCUGCGACUCGCACGAAUGGCACGCCGACGUCUUUUACGUGAAUGCGCUCGUGCCGCUAUGGCAAUCCCUGCAGCCGUUCGAAGCCGAGGUGAACGAGCGGUGCGCCGCGAUCCGCGGCCAUGUAACGAGUGCGCUCGAGCGCCUCUGCGACCGCCACUACACGGCGCUCGUAAACGAUGCGGGCCUCGGUGCGCUGCACGACGGCAAGACGCCGCCGAGCGAAGCGCUGCACGCGUUCCUUGCCCUGCCCAACCUGCUCAUCGCGCCCGAGCGCCUCGCGCCGCUGCACGCGACGCUCCCUACCGCCGUGCACAAGGCGGCACUCGUGCGCAUCGCGCAGGCGUAUGCGAAUGCGUACAGCGGCAGCGGCCCUGCGCCGGACGAGGUGCAGAUCGUGUUGGACGCGCAGGCGGCCGCGCACGAGCCGCCGCGUGCACUACUGGACGGCGCGCUAUCCACUAGGAAAAGUAUGUAG